UACUUCAAUUAAAUAAAACAAUUGGAAGAACCGUUCUCUGCAGCAUGAGGAAUCGCCUGUCUUCCCACUUCCUGUGUGUCAGCUGCAAUAUGAAAAUUGCUCAAUCACUUCAGCAAUGAUAGAAGCAGAGAAAUGUCUUUUUGAUUGUGUGUUUUAUAGUUUAUACUGACGUUGAAGCAGAUUGAGGUGGAACUAUCCCAGCAGUGUUUGUAAAGACUUCUCUGUUCACAUGGUUACAGCGAGGCCCCGGACUGACCAUGUGCCCUCCACUACAGCUGCAAUCUCUGUGGUAACUGAGUUAAAUUCCCAGAGCCAUAUAUGGGCAUGCGUCCCACACAGAUGAUGUCAGCAAUAAGUGGAGGGCUCCCCUUUCGUAUUCUGGAGCAGACAGGGGUGUGUGUCCCUCUGGGCAGGGAACAGUCAGAGCAAGUUUUUUCUUUCUUUUUUUUUUUACGUCAGGAAAAAGGCUGUUGCUCAAUGACUAUUGCUAAACAGAGAGCCAAAGGGGAACUUGGUAAGAUUUUUGUUCAAAUAUGAGUCCCGAAAGGCUAGUGAAGUCAUUCAAAAACUCUUUCAGAGCGUCGGUGUUGGAGGAGCGGCGGUGGUGAAGAAGUGGUACUAAGUAAGAAGAAAGACGAAGGAGGAGCUGUUUUCUGACUAAAACUUAUUGAGGGCUGAGUAAACAAAAUGGGAAAAUCUGCCUCAAAGCAAUUUUCGGAGGAGCUGCUGCAAUGCCAUAAUGAGUACAGGAAGAAGCACCAGGCUCCUGAGCUGAAGCUGAGCAGCAAGCUGAGCAAAGAAGCUGCCCGCUAUGCAGAGAGUUUGGCCAGUACACGGAUCCUAAAACACAGCGAGGCGUCCACCAGAGGCAGCUGUGGAGAAAACCUGGCCUGGGCCUCCUAUGACCAAACAGGUAAAGAUGUGUCGGAUCGCUGGUAUGAAGAAGUGAAACAGUACAACUUCAGCCGUCCAGGAUUUUCCACUGGCACUGGACAUUUCACGGCAAUGGUGUGGAAGAACACCAAAAAACUAGGCGUGGGCAAAGCCGUGGCAUCAGACGGGUCCUCCUUUGUGGUUGCCAGGUAUUUCCCAGCAGGAAACAUCACCAACCAGGGACACUUUGAGAAUAAUGUUCUCCCACCUAAAGCCAGCUCCUGAAGGGAAUUUUGAUCUCCUGGAUUUGGCAUGAGCUUAUGGCAGUUACUCGGGGGGUGUUGACUGCCUGCCCACCUCCCCAUGGGAUACAGCUGGGACAUCGGGAAAUCUUAUCUCAUCCAAACGCCUCCCACAUAGAUUUAUACUUUGCACAUAACAUGAUAAAAUCCUGUGCUUUUUUCAAGUUAAAAAUGUUAAAACAUUACUAACAUCUUCAUGUAUGCCAGGUAUUUUAAUUCCUGUAAAUUAUUUUUGUAAAACUCUUGACAGUAUUUUUAUUGUAGCAUUUGUUUUUUUUGUGUGUGUGUAAAAGUGUGUUGAUGUAAAGUCUUUGCCCUGUUUUUACGCUAAUAAAUAAAACAUCCUGUAAAUGUGUGAAUUAUUUUUUUAUGUCUGUGGAAAAAAAGUUGCCAGAUUGUCAUACAUUAACCCCCUUUUUUCAACUCUUUUUUUGUUGAGUUUUUGAGGCAAAAAAGUACACUGUUCAAUCAGAAAUAUAUAAAUCAUAUGAUUUAUUAGCAUUUUUAGUAUCUUUUUUAAAUAGUCAUUGGUAUCUGUUUUAGAUGAAGACCAUAAACAAUUCUACUGCAUUAACUACAUUUUUUUUUUUUGACAAAUACUACAACAGAUUACAAGCUGAGUCCUGUGGUUACAGGGUUCUACUACUAUUUAUUUAAUCAUGAACUGGCAUGUGAAAAAUAAACUCAUUUUAAUACUU